AUUUUCUAAUUAGCUUUAAAAAAUACAUCUUAUUUUUUAUAUUUGUUUACAUUGUUAGUGUCAUUUGAAGUUGCAUACGUCACUAGGUGGUCAAAGAGCGAUCAAAUUACCUUUAAAAUUAUUGAAUAAUUAACGGCUGAAUUGAAAUCAUUUCAAGUUUCUAAUUUGCACCGUCAGCAUGGAGCUAAACAUUUUCUCUACAAGUAAUAAAUCGCUUUGCAAAGUCUCAAUGCAGUCAUCAGAUACUGUUGGAGACGUAAAAAAAGCAAUAUCACGUGCCAUAAAGAAGUUAUCAAUUCAUCGCCAAUCAAUUCGCAGCGAAUUAAAAGGCAAAGACUUAAAAGAUAACACAUCACUAUCUGGUUUGGGAUUAUCGAAUGGGUCAACACUUUAUGUUAAAGACUUGGGGCUUCAAAUUGGAUGGCGAACGGUUUUUGUGGCUGAAUAUUUCGGCCCACUUAUUGUAUAUAUUCUUUUUGCGUUACGUCCGGCGUUUAUUUACGCCAAUUCCAACGCUCCAUAUUCUUUAGGGGCUAAAAUUGCAGUUUGCUGUUGGUCAUUCCAUUAUUUAAAACGAAUUUACGAAUCGAUUUUCGUUCAUCGUUUUUCCCACGCCACAAUGCCAAUAAGAAGCUUAUUUAAAAAUUGUGCUUAUUAUUGGGGUUUUGCCGCUUAUAUAGCCGUACAUGUAAAUCAUCCAUUAUUUACUGAACCAUCCUUUUUGCAAAUGGCGUUUGGGUUAGGGAUGUUUAUCUUUUGUGAGUUGGGUAAUUUAAGUAUUCACUUAUUAUUAAGAGAUUUACGACCCGCUGGAUCGACGGUGCGAAAAAUACCAAAACCCAAUAGUAAUUUUUUUACAAAAUUAUUUAAUUUGGUUUCUUGCCCUAAUUAUACUUAUGAAUACGGGGCUUGGCUUGGGUUUUCAAUCUUAACUAGUUGUGUUCCAGCUUUAAUAUUUGCAAUGGCUGGAAUGUAUCAAAUGACACUUUGGGCAAUAAAUAAGCAUAAAAAUUACAAGAAAGAAUUCAAAGAUUAUCCGAAAUCAAGAAAAGCUAUCAUUCCAUACAUGUUAUAAUUUUAUAUUUUUUUUGGAAAACAAGGGUUGGAGGGUUACAUGAAAUAUUUUGAGUGGUGAAGCAAUUUUUUGUUUGUUAUUUUUUUGUAAAUGGAUUAAAUAUAAAUAAAACCAGUUUAAAACAUUA